AUGAACCUAAUCAAGGCUCUCGAAUCCAUUGUCGCGAGCCCUGACCAGGACCUCCAGGUGGCCAUCCUUGCAAACCCUCUUCCAACUACCCUCUCUUAUGCUUCUUAUGAAACAUUAACCUUUUCAAACCCAACUUCAAUCCAACCAUCCUCUUCAACCACUUCUCAUCUUUCAACACCUUCAAAUACUCAACCUUUCUUUGCCCCCCAUCUUCCAACAGCUACAUAUCAUCACCCUGACUUGCCCACAGACAAUAAUGACCCCUCUUCUGAUGGAAUCAAUCUCCCCCUACUCAUCGGCUUAAUUUCUGGCUUUGGAACACUCUUCUUAGGCAUCUUUUGUGGAAUCCUUUGGUUCACACUCCUCGGACGCAACGGAAGAAUUAAACUUGGAUCAGGUAAUUCUGGAGAUUAUGACGAUGAUGAUGACCAAACAGGUCUUGAAGAAGAAGUUGCUGAAUUAGAAGCCAUGGAUGAACCUACCCGUCAAACUUACCUUCGUACUAAGGCCUUUGUGGCUUCAAACCCACCAAACUCAGCUCACGCUGAUAUCUCCCUUGCCCAAUACUUAACCAUCCAAGAAAAGGGUGUCAGCGCAUGGGAAUUUGAGGUAGAUUUCCCUAACGCAAACUGCUUUGUAGAGGCCCGCACCGAAAUUGAAUUUUAUGAUAACAAUGUCGGAUGCACUCAAACAAACCUCCCACUUCCUAAACAAAAUGAAGUCUACUACUGGGAAGCUAAAAUGUUUGAUAUGCCCCCAACUACCCAGGUCGCAGUAGGCCUUACUACCAAACCAUACCCUACCUUCCGUCUCCCAGGAUUUACCAAACUCUCCGUUGCUUAUGAUUCAACAGGUACCCGCCGCAUCAAUAAUGCCGCAGCCGCCACCCCAAACUACGGACCAAAGUUCCAACAAGGCGACGUGGUCGGUGUUGGAUACCGCCCCCGUUCAGGCAUAAUCUUCUUCACCCAUAAUGGCCGCCGCAUCGAUGAACCAGCAGUCCAAGGUUUCCGCUAUAACCUCUUCCCAACUGUCGGCGCUGAUGGACCAUGCAAAGUCACAGUCAACUUUGGCCAGGCUGGGUUUGUUUACAUUGAAGCCAAUGUUAAAAAGUGGGGGCUUGCUCCUGCUCAGGGUACUCUUUCCCCACCACCUCCCUACGGAGCUGAACGCGAUAGUGUUCUUCUUGAAACUAGCCGCUUCUUGCCCGGAUCCGGUGAGUCGUCUUCUUCAAUUAAUACUGGCGACCAUAUCACCUCAACUGUCGCUUCAAGCUCUAAUACCAUCUCUUCUCCUACAUUAAAUACCACUGCCGGAUCAGUGUACUCUGAAAAUACCCAGCCGUCCUCUCCAGUAGCCCCCACCUUAUCAUCCCAACACCAACACCAACACCAACUCUCCUCGUCUUCUGCUUCCUCCUCUCCUACUCUUCGUGCAUCCCAAGCCCCCCUUCAAUACCGCCAACAAUCUCCUCCUCCAUUUACUCCUCGUAAUGAUGCAGACAUGGACGCAGACGCCCCAGUUGAUUCUACCCUGGCUGCCGCCCGUAGACAUAACUCAUCAGUGUACAGCUUGCACACCCAGCACCCGCCACAAACCCCGGGCUCCCCGCCACCCUCAUACUCAGACAAUGAAGACGAAACGCAUGGCGCAACCCAGUCAGUAGCUGCAGUUCUCGAAAGUGGGCCUACUCAGCAAGGACAAAACAUAGAAACUGCAACAGAAACUGCAACAGAAGCUGCAACAGAAGCUGCAACAGAAGCUGCAACAGAAGCUGCAACAGAAGCUGAAGCUGAAGCAGACGCAACAGUAACAGUAGCAGACCCUCCUAUCUUUGAACCUACGCCCCAACAGUCCGUUGCUUCGUCUUCCACUCCACUUGUUGACGCUGCUCCUGAAGGUGCUGUCAAAGAUGUUAGUAAGGCUGCUACAGCUACUGAAAGCACUACAAAUGAUACCAUUGAAGAAACCAGUAGUGCUGCUACUGCUAAUGCUACAGCUAAUGCUACAGCUACAGCUACUAUUACAGAUGCUGAAAAUGUAGUAGAUGCUACAGCUGAAGGUUCUAGUGAAGUUACUAAAGAUGUUGUUGUUCCCUCAGCCCAGAAUGUGAGUGAAGUUGCAGUUGCUGAGACUUUUGAUGAUGCUAGUCAAGCCACGACUCCUGAGACUCCUGAGACUCCUGAGACUCCUGAGACUACUACUGAAGUUUCAGGCCCUGAGUCCCAAGCAACUAACACCAGCACUCCAGUGGAAUUACCCAAGACUCAUGAACCAACUAGUAACGAAGAUGCUACGGUUGCUACAGAUGCUACAGAUGCUGAUGACGAAGAGUCAUUGCUAAUUCCUGUAGGUGCUCCUGGUUCUGCAGGAUCCACUAUUUCACGAACUGCAAGCUCAACAGGAUCGAUUAGCAAGAAAAAAACAGGAAACAAGAAACGUGGCAAGUCAUACAAGCAGCGUCGCCGUAAAAAAAAAAAAAAAAAAGAGAGAGAAAGAGAAAGAAAGAAAGAAAGAAAAAAAGAUUUUUAA